AACACUGGUAGCCAUCUUUGUGUAUAGUCGCAAAGAGCCGUCAUAAAAAUUUGGGGAGGGUGAAAGAAAUUAAAAAGAGCAAGUUCCAUCACCCUAUUUGAUUGUAAUAUCUGUAGCCAAUAUUUGGUAACGCGUCAUGGAUUCCCAACAAACCAAGAAUAUCCUGACUAAUUCUCAAUACGAAGCACUACUGAAAGUAUACAAGUUUGCUGAUGUAGAAGAAACUGGUCGGGUUGAUGUCGCGACCAUUACAACUCUCGCUGUUCAGCUUAUGGGACAGAACUUCAGUGAAGCUGAAAAGGAAAGUGUAAACAAAAAAGCAGAAGCAAGAGCCGAAAAAGGAUUAUUAUCGUACACAAACUUCUUGAACAUAAUGCUUGAGACAAUGUCAAUGACAACACAGUGGGGCACUAAGUUAAAAACACAAGUGGAUGGAUACGUUGGCUUUGACUCAAUCCAGGAGCAGUUGCGUUUAAAUUCUUUAAAAAGGGGUUUCGAAUUUAAUAUAAUGGUUGUAGGUGCAUCAGGUCUUGGCAAAUCUACCCUAAUUAACACAUUGUUUAAAACACGAGCUGCAAGAACAAGCUGUACUACUGAGAAUUCAGUUAUACCAAAAACUGUUGAAAUUAAGAGUGUAACGCAUGUUCUUGAGGAGAAGGGUGUCAACCUUAAACUAACUGUGACUGACACGCCUGGUUUUGGAGACCAAAUAAAUAACAAGAACUGUUGGGAACCUGUUUUGGGUUAUAUUAAUCGUCAGUAUGAUAUCUACCUAAAUGAAGAGAUCAGUAUUAACAGACGAAUUAGGAUUCCAGAUAAUCGAGUUCAUUGUUGUCUUUAUUUCAUUGCGCCAACUGGGCACAGAUUGAAACCGCUGGACAUCAUUGUAAUGAAGCAUCUGGAUAAGUGUGUUAAUGUCAUUCCAGUCAUUGCGAAAGCUGAUACUCUUACACUGGAAGAAAGAGAAGCAUUUAAAAAACGAAUUCGCGAAGAUAUUCAACUUAACAACCUGAACAUCUAUCCCAUCAUGCACUCCAACCUUAUCGACGAAGAAAUUAAAUUGAAUAAUAAAGUGAAGGAACAACUUCCAUUUGCUGUUGUGGGGAGUGAUCGUUAUGUCAGUGUUGGAAGCAAGAACGUGUUGGGAAGGAAAACAAAAUGGGGAGUUAUCGAAGUUGAAAAUCGAGCCCACUGCGAAUUCCCUCUUCUUCGUGAUCUGCUUAUCAAGACCCACAUGGAAGACAUGAUCGAAGUAACGAAAGCUAUUCAUUAUGAAAAUUAUCGACGAACCAAGUUGGCUGAGAAACACGCAAAACAAACCAACCAAAGCGAUGCGCGAUCACCUCAAGACAAAAACCAAGUGUAAAGUUUAAAAAAUAGAUAGAAAAGAAAAAAGAUAUAUAUCAGGUGAACACAAUCUGAAUAACCGAGACCUCCUGAAAGAUUGACUUUGUUUACCAAAUAUUUAUGUUUAUACAAUGACAGAGUUGACAUAGAAAGUUGUUUUUGUCUCGAUAAUUUUUUUUACAUUUAUACGAGUAUUAUUUAAUAUUUUAUUUUAUCGCAGUUGCGAACUUUUUCUUUCCUUCUUGAAGGUUCCGCUUUUAUUCCGCUGAAUAAACAACCUGUAAUGAAUCAAUAGAGUGCAGACCAGAGUUAAUUUCGGUAUUUCCAAAAUUCUAAAUAUAAAGCGAUUACGUCACUUCUUACGCUUGUAGAGGGUCAGGCUGACGAAUGUGGUUUGGAUUUCGGCUGUUCAUUAAAGAUUGUUGUUUAAUUUUUUCACGCAUGCGCAAAACUAUAAAAGUUUUAGAACAACUUUUCAUACAUUUUAAAGCAAAUCAUUUAAAUAAUUUUAUAGAUCAAUUUUUUGCCAAAUAAUCUUUUUUCUUUGAUUUUUGUUUGUUGUUGUGGAUUCUAGUUUGUUUUUUUUGUGACAUAACAACGAAUAAUAAAAUUCUAUUC